AUGGCCAACGAACGCGAGAGCAAGACUUUCCUCGCCCGCCUCUGUGAGCAGGCUGAGCGUUACGAUGAGAUGGUCACCUUCAUGAAGGAGGUUGCCAAGCUCGGUGGUGAGCUCACCGUUGAUGAGCGCAACCUCCUCUCCGUUGCCUACAAGAACGUCGUCGGCACCCGCCGCGCCAGCUGGCGCAUCAUCUCCUCCAUUGAGCAGAAGGAGGAGUCCAAGGGCUCCGAUAAGCACGUCGCCAUCAUCAAGGAGUACAGGCAAAAGAUUGAGACCGAGCUUGAGACCGUCUGCAAGGAUGUCCUCGAGGUCCUCGACGAGGCCCUCAUCCCCCACGCCGCCACUGGCGAGUCCAAGGUCUUCUACCACAAGAUGAAGGGUGACUACCACCGUUAUCUUGCCGAGUUUGCUUCCGGCGAGAAGCGCAAGAACGCUGCGACCGCGGCUCACGAGGCUUACAAGAACGCUACCGAUGUUGCUCAGACCGAGCUCACUCCCACCCACCCUAUCCGCCUGGGUCUCGCCCUCAACUUCUCCGUUUUCUACUACGAGAUUCUUAACUCCCCUGACCGCGCCUGCCACCUCGCUAAGCAGGCUUUCGAUGAUGCCAUUGCCGAGCUCGACUCGCUGUCCGAGGAGUCUUACCGCGACAGCACCCUUAUCAUGCAGCUCCUCAGGGAUAACCUCACUCUCUGGACCUCGUCCGAUAAUGGCGAGCCUGAGGCCGCUGCUGAGGCCCCCAAGGCCGAGGAGAAGGCUGAAGAGAAGGCUGAGGCUGCUGAGGAGAAGGCUCCCGAGGAGCAGUAA